AACGUCUACGGGGUGGAGAUCGUGGUGACUUAGAACGUUUGCGAGGUGGAGAUCGUGGUGACCUAGAACGUCUACGGGGUGGAGAUCGUGGUGACUUAGAACGUUUGCGAGGUGGAGAUCGUGGUGACCUAGAACGUCUACGGGGUGGAGAUCGUGGUGACUUAGAACGUUUGCGAGGUGGAGAUCGUGGUGAUCUAGAACGUUUGCGAGGUGGAGAUCGUGAAGACCUAGAACGUGGAGAUCGUGAAGACCUAGAAUGUCUGCGAGGCAAAGAUC